AUGCUGCCUCGGUUCGCGUGGUAGCACUGCACGUGCCCUCCUCAGUUCGCACCGGCGCCGAAGUGGAGCUCGCCUGUCUCUACGAGCUGGGCAACUCCUCGCUCUACUCACUAAAGUGGUUCUACCGCGCCAAUGAAACCGAUCUCGACGAGCAGGAGUUCUUCCGCUACACGCCCUCACUCCUGCCGCACAAGCAGUACUUUCCCAUUGAAGGCAUCAAUGUCAAUGUGAACAAAUCCGAAGGCGGAAGAGUGGUGAUAGUGGAGACGAAUGGCAAGACGAGUGGCAAGUACAAGUGCGAGAUCUCCAUUGACGGCACCUUCCAGACGGUGGCCGCAGAGAAGCUGAUGACCGUCAAUG